AUGAACACUUUCACGACGAAGCACCUGGAGACCAGUUAUCGAGCAAUGCCGGAGGAGUUCUACUUUGAGACUCAGCUGCCAGUGGUCACCCCUGACAAUCUCGAGGACUGGAUGAACCGCAUGAGCAUCGAUCGCAUCGAGGUGCAGGAGCGGAUGUCAGGCAGCAGUAGGUUCAGUCGUCGUGCGGCCAUGCAGGGUCUCACUGUGGGCUUCCCAGUGGACUAUCGGUACGGCUGGGACAUGGCAGACUCUCAUCACCAGAAGUUGUUGACCGACUUUCGUAAGCGAUGCUUUACCGAUGCUACGUUGCGGCCACCAACGUGCACUCCAUGGUCUAUCGCCAGCCGGCGCAAGAAUUCUACAGCCCUGGAAGCAGACAGGAAAAGCCAGGCACCAGCCAUCAUCUUCAUGCGUGAAGACAUUCGACAGACACUGGGCACCGAGCAGCACCACCUAGCAGAGAACCCUCACAACAGCGACUUCUGGACCAAGUCGAACUACACGGACAUCGCCGACCUGAAUAUUAUGAGGACGUUCAUGGCUGAUCAGUGUUCCUAUGGUGCUACCAACGAGCUCGGCGAGCCAGGCUACCGAAGAAGCAGAAAAAACCAUAAGUACCUCAAUAUCCAGAUGAUGAGCCACCAGGACCGGCAGCAGUACCAGCAGAUGAUCAACCUCAGGCUAAGUCCGAGCAGAAAGAACCAGAAGUACAUCAAUAUCCAGAUGAUGAGCCACCCGAACCGGCAGCAGCACCAGCAGAUGAUCAACCUCAGGCGGAAGAUCGGCAGGAAAUCGGCUCCACCAGAACCUGAGAUCGCAAUGAAGAAGUGGUACGAGGUGAAGGCGAACUUCGACCUGAGCAAAAUGGUCUCUCGACUUUUGGAGGCCACAGAUCGGAAGGAGCUGUUGACCAUUCUCAUGAGAUGCUGGAUCCGAUACUUCGGGCCGAUGAAGGUGAUGGUUCUCGACCAAGAAGGUGGACUGGUAUCAGACCUGAGUUCGAGGACGUGCGACAAAAUGAACAUCGAGAGGCGAUGCGCGGGCACCGACGAUCACACUAUGACAGGCCUCGUGGAGAGAUGGAUUCAGUUGGUACGAUUAUGCGCCAUGAAGCUCAUGCGGACGUGCACCAUGCAAGGUUUUGAGGUAUCCGACGUUGAAUUGGUGCAGGAGCCGGCCAUGGUUUCGAACGGCAUGGUCAGCUACGGCGGCCAGACGGCGUCUCAAUUGGUCUUGGGCUUCACACCGAAUGACUAUUAUGACCUCGAGGCUACCGCCCUGGACUCCGUGCAGGGCGCCGACGUCAGCUGUCCGGACCCCUUUGAGGCAGCGGUCAGGCUUCGUCUUCUUGCGAAGUCGGAGAUGGCGCGAGCGAUCGUCGAAGAUAGAAUUGCCCGAGCGAGCAGGACACGUGUGCAGCAGAUCGGUCCUCAGGACCAGCUCAGGGUAGGUGACAGCGUGGACAUUCACAGGGUUCCCGAGCGGAAGGACCAGUCGGGCUGGCGCGGCCCGGCGGAGUUGGUGAAGAUCUCAGAGGGCACGGCCAUUAUCGUUUGGAAUGGAAUACCAUAUAUACUUCCUGUGAGGCAUGUGCGCAAACAUCUGAUCGGGUUCUUGGCUUUUCAAACCUCAGCCCCGACUCUCGAGGACAACAGAAACCUCGACACCUUCAGGAGGCUGAUGGACAUCGUCGACGGCAGCAUCUACGGACAAAUGACACGACUCGGCAAGACGAUUGGCCAAGAUGGACAGACAAAAUGCACGGCAUAUAUCAAAACCCUGGUGAACCUUCAGCCCUGGAAGUUGAGCAUGAUCACGCACGAGACCAUCUUCCAGCUGAAAGGUAUCGACGGCGUUAUAUAUGGCACAUCGCUGCGUCGGAUCCCAUCAUUGUUCGGUGUCAAGUUUGGUUUGCUUACGCUGUGGGAAAGAAAGGGCCACGCUAAUUAUUUCACCUUCGAAGUGGACCCGAGCAAGGGUGUGAUCAUUAACAGCUUGACGACUCUCAAAUGGGAGAACACUUCCUUUCUUAUGUUCUAUUCGAUGCCAGCUCUGGUCGACCCCUUCUUGGACGAGCACAGAGUACCAGACAUGGAAGACCUUUCUCGCAUCGAAGUGGCACCUGACAGCGUUCGAGAUGUGGGUCGCGAUGUGGCGGACAUGAUCAGCUUAUUACCUGACCUGGACGACUGGAUGGACGCUACGGCGGCUGUGCCACCUGCCGAGAGAAGCAGAUUGAAUGAGACCCUCACGGA